AUGAGGGGCUGCCGGACUCUAACACGAUUGGCGCUGGCUGCAGCAGAGGCGGCAGGAGCCUCUGCUGGCGGCGGCCGCCACCUCGCCGUUGCCACUGCUGCUGCCGCCACUCCGUCCACUGCCUUGACGGCAGCCCGGCUCUUCUCCACUGCAUCAGAGGCGCUGGCCCAGGCGCCGCCCGCCUUUGUCUUCGACAUUGAUGGCGUCCUCAUCCAAGGACGUCACACGUUGCCGCAGGCCAAGCGCGCUCUGGCAAAGCUGUACACCCCCGACGGCUCCGCCCCGCUCUACCCGCUGGCCUUCCUCACCAACGGCGGCGGCGUGACGGAGCGCGUCAAGGCGCACCAGCUCAGCGAGUGGCUGGGCGUGGCCGUGGACGAGUCCCAGGUGGUGCUGUCCCACACGCCCUUCCGCCAGCUGGCGGCCCAGUAUGCAGAGGAGCCGGUGCUGGUGGCGGGGCGGGGGCAGGUGCGGGAGGUUGCCCACCAGUACGGUUUCAAGAAGGUCGUCACCACGAAGCAGCUGGCGCGCGCCAUGCCCGCCGCCGUGCCCUUCCACGAGGACCAGGGUAUGUUGCCUGGCGGCGACCUUCCCAGCUACACACGGGAGCUCAAGUUCGGCUCGGAGCACGACCCCAUCAGAGACUUGCAGCUGAUGGUCGAUGUCCCCGGCGAGCCGCUGCAGGCCCACUAUUUUGGCAAGCCCAACUUGGCGCCGUACCUGCUGGUAGAGCAGCUGCUCCUGGCGCAGGCAGAGGCGCUGGGUCUGGAGCUGCCAGCGGCGGCCACCUCAGCGGCAGCAGCUGAUUCAGGCGCGGGGGCAGGCGUGCACCACAGCGGCCAGCUGGCGCGCACGCCGCCGCCGUUCUCAGCCAUUUUUGCCGUGGGCGACAACCCGGCUGCGGAUGUGCGGGGCGCCAACGCGGCGGGCGCGCCCUGGGUGUCGGUGCUUGUGACCCAGACGGGGGUGGCGCGCGGCAACUGCGCCAUCGACCCCGCGCAGGCAAGCCCGGGGCCCGCCCCUGCGUUUGCAUUGUUGCUGUGCAAAUCUGGCUGGCUGGUGGUGGUGGACGAUGUGGAGGCGGCAGUGGGCGCAGCACUACACCGCACUCGGCACUCCAAGUGGCACAGCAUGCGGUAG